GGGAGAGAGUGUCGAACCGUCAACGGAAGCAGGCAGAGAGUGGACAUUUGUAAAAUUAACUUUGAGCUAAAAGAAAAAUUUAUCUCUCCUCAUCCUGUACCUCUGCUCUGCCCCAAAUUAUCACAAUUGAGUGAUUCCGUGUGAAAAAUCGCGCCUAGAGACACGCGAGACGUGGUGAAAAGUCGCAGGUGUGGAGUGUUUUAGUCGUUUUAGUGGACUGAAGUGAGUGCUGGUGAAAACGGAUUUUUUCUUGUUGGGAAAAAAAGAAAAACCUUAGAGACUUUUUUUUGCUGAAACACUGGUGGUUAUUUUUCAGUCAUAUUUCAGUGAUAUUGUGGUUAUUUGGUAUUCUGAGGGGAUUUGUGACGGAAUUUUUCUGUAGGAAGUAGUUUUUUUUUCACUGGGAGGGUGAAAAUCGACAAAUGGUGGCGAAAAAGAAUCCCUCGAUGGUGAAAAGACGGUGAACUGUCUGUGGAUGUGUUGUGCUGGGAAAGAGUUUCGCCAUUUCGCUCCUCCGCAACUCGACCCUCGUCCUCUUCCGGCAUCACAGGAAAGAUUGUAAUAUGUCAGUGAGAAGCUACUCUGCGACCAUUUGUUGGAUUCGUAGCAAUUGUCCGGCCACCGCCGAGGGUCUCACUGGACUGGGCAGUGUGGCGAAGAUCGUGAUCACGGCCAGGAUCUACUAAUGCAGUGGCGGAAGUUCACACGACUGAAAGCUGCUACUGGACAUUCGCGUACGCGAAGAAUGCUUUGUUGUGGACGGAGAAAGGAAAAUGGAAGAUCUGUGCCUGACCUCACUGCCAGUCCAGGCCGAGCACCGCCUGGACCAAUGCCAAGCAACCAGGGGCCCAUUAUGUCGCAACAACGACAGGGCAUCAAGGAGCCCGUCCUCCUUCAGGGUGACUUCCGGAAAGUCUCUGGCAUCAGUUCAGAGAUUUUCCGGCAAAUCGAGGCCGUGGAGAAUGACCAUGACCCGAGCACAGCGGCUGCACUCGAGGCGGUCGAGAGAAGGGGCGAAAUGAUUGUGCGAAUUCUGGAACCACGAUGCAUCGGUGGUCGGCAAGCAGUUGAGGCAGCACAGAAACUAAUGACAAAGGGCGAUGCUCGGCAUACAGUCCAGCUGGUUGAGAUAGUAAAACGUCCCGGUCAGACCCUCGGCCUCUACAUUCGCGAAGGGAAUGGAGCUGAUCGAUCCGAUGGUGUCUUCAUAUCACGCAUCGCCCUGGAAUCAGCGGUUUACAACAGUGGUUGCCUCAGAGUUGGCGAUGAAAUCCUCGCAGUCAAUUUGGUGGACGUGACUCGAAUGUCUCUGGAUGACGUGGUCAUAAUUAUGUCGAUCCCGAGACGAUUGGUACUGGCCAUCAGGCAGCGACGUGGUGGACGUGGAGCCAAUUCUCCAGGACCGCCAUCUCUUACGCGACCCGAACAGAAACCCCCGCCAGUUGUGGUGAUCAAGAGGGACCUUCGUGAAGAGGAUCUGGAUAUGAUGGAACAGGAUCGACCAUCUCGAUCGAGAUCAUCGCGCGAGAGACGCACAGGCGAUGGCAGGGAGAUGACAGAGUCUCGAUCGAGACUGGGCCUAGGCCUAAACAACUACAGUCCCCAGAGUGAACAACUGGACCUGUACUACAAUAGCCGACCGAGUGCACAAAGUGAACCACCUAGUUGGGGAUAUAAACCCCCACCACCUCCCUCCGUCAUCACUGAACAACCCAAAGGCGCCCAUCAAUUCACCCCAUCUCAUGCCUACUACCAGAACGCCGGCACCCUCGAGAGCCUUGCUGAGAAGGUGCACUCCUUCUAUCCCAGUGAUGCUUACGGCCCUAGUCGACGUAUGUCAGCCGGGGGAAUUGGAUCAAGUCAGUCCCACCAGAGAUUUCCCAGAAGUGGCUCUGAUCAGCAUCUUCCUCGUGUAGAAUAUUCAGAUUUCUCAUCACUUGGACGCCAUUCCCUGCUUCGGUCGAGCCUCAAAACAGGUACCCCUACGGGAGGAGGAACUCUUGGUAGGUAUGGACGGUAUGAACCACAAUCUCGCACACCUAAAUAUGGCGUUACGCCAUCUUCGACCCUGGCUCGAAGAUCACGACCAACGCUUGACUACUCCAGCGACACGGAGGCCACUAUUGGUCCUAGGCCUAGUUACUAUUACUACAACCGGCCUGCGAUACCCAGCCUUGCGACCUCUGGACGGGCCAGUGUGGCCGGUAUGGGUCCAGAUCUGGGCAAAUUUAAUUCCCUGCCACGGGAACGACCUAGUGCAUCUCGCCUAGGACUCAGGAGUAGAUUGGGUGACCGUUUGCUGGAUGAGAGCGAUGGAAAUUGGUCUGGACCCGAACUACCACCAAGGGAUCGUGUAGCCGUUCUUCUUCCAGAACUUCGUUCACGCCUGGUGGCCAGUCCAUCAAUCUUCACGUCAGAUGAAUACCGUGCAUGGCUGAGACGGGCACCCAGCAGUUCGGCCAUUAGUGAACAAAUGCGAGCCUCACGAGGUCUCUUAGGCCACGUGGGUCGUUUCUCAUGCAGUGCCGAGAAUAUUCACGAUGCACUCAAAAACACUGAGAGCAUCUAUAGCUCGAGAACUGGUGCACUGAGCUCCACAUUAGACCGGCACUUGGGUGGACCUAGGGGAGCUCUAGCUGGGGUACCCGUGAGGUCACUCUCGUCGCAGCACUUGGGAACUCAGUCAAUCCGAUCCCCAAGUAUGCGAAGGAUGAGGCAACUGUUGGAACUUAGCAGUGGACCAGGAAGUCCGGCAGGGAGUAGCAUCAGUGGUCAUCAGAGUCCAGCUCCUACGCCCAGUGCUACACUGCCGAGGCCUCAGCGCCAGAUCGAUAUCAAUCCGGCGGAAUUUGUGAAGUACAAGCUGGAGAAGCCAGUUGUGGACGUUAGUGGAAUAUCAGGAAUGCUGUGGAUUCAUUUGCUGGCCGGUAGGGGACUAAGGGCUACUCCAGAGGGUACCCAAACACCCCAACCGGCUGUUCGGGAUCUCUACUGUGUACUUGAGUGUGAUCGGGUUCACAAGGCUCGGACUGUGGUAAGGUCUGGGGAUUUGCAGUUUGACUGGGAUGAGUCCUUCGAGUUGGAUCUAGUUUGCAAUCGCCAAUUGGAUGUCUUGGUGUAUUCCUGGGAUCCUCAGCAUCGGCAUAAGCUCUGCUAUCGUGGUGCUGUGUCCCUGGCCACGAUCCUACGGCAGUCACCUCUGCAUCAAUUGGCCCUGAAGGUUGAGCCACGGGGAACGAUUUACCUGCGGGUCCGGCAUACAGACCCUUCCACUCUCUAUCGACGCCGGGGACUGCCUAGUCUCAGGGCUGGGUAUCCUCAGCUGUUUGGAGCCGAUCUGGAGACUGUUGUGACACGUGAGGCGAAAGGGGCGCCCGGCAGUGCGCCUGUUCCUAUCGUCCUGCGACGCUGUGUGGAGGAAGUGGAGCGGCGGGGACUUGACAUUAUUGGUCUCUACCGCCUGUGUGGUUCAGCCACGAAGAAAAGGCUUUUGAGGGAGGCAUUUGAGAGAAAUAGCCGAGCAGUUGAAUUGAGUCCGGAUCAUGUUCCUGAUAUUAAUGUAAUUACUGGGGUGCUAAAGGACUAUCUCAGGGAACUUCCAGAGCCUCUAUUUACUAGAUGUCUUUUCCAAAUGACCUUAGAUGCUUUAGCUGUUUGCUUACCAGACGAUCCUGAAGGCAACGCAAAACUCAUGUUAAGUAUCUUAGACUGUCUCCCACGGGCAAAUCGGGCCACCCUUGUGUUCCUCCUUGAUCAUCUCUCACUGGUUGUGUCUGCGUCUGAUCGCAAUAAAAUGUCAGCCCAGGCUCUGGCAACAGUCAUGGGUCCACCACUGAUGCUGCACUCCUCAGGAACAUCCGGCGAGAAUGUAGAUCAUGCACAACCUAUUGCUGUACUGAAGUAUCUCCUGCAAAUCUGGCCACAGCCACAAUCCGCAGCAGCUUCAGAUACUGUUGUCUCUGCAUUCGCACCUACACAACACUACACAACAGGUCGACGCAGCGAGCCACUCGGGCAGCGUGGAAACAGAGCCAGUGCAUUGCCAGCGGCCAAACCACCGGUAUCGUCCAGCCUCCAUAUCUCACCCUCGGCGGUGGGCAGCCAAUCUCAAGGCCCUCUUCCGCUCUCAGCCACUCUCAGCAAUCGUGCGUCUCCAUCAGCAGCGGGUCUAUUAGCUCAAUCGCCUCAAGCCUCGCCGCUAGCUGCCCAACAGCGCCCUCCAUCGGUGGCCUCAGCGGUCUCGGGGGUGCGCGUCCAGUCGCCACCCGCCACACCCUCCCCCGGCAGUAGUUCCGCUUCGUCAACUGGCUCGGAGUCGGGCACAGACACGGUGAAGAGAGGUGCCUCGCCGGCAAUGAGUCUGUCUUCUGUGGCAUCUGCAUCGACAGUACGCCUGCGGGAGUCGGGUAGUUCGCAUUCGGUGAAGCAACCGCUGGAUGGAAAUGGGCGACCACAGAAGAAUGGAACCACUGACAUCAAUACAUCCACCGCAGAGCAACAAUUGACAUCUCGCAGUGGUUUCCACUCCACCGAUACAUCAUCACUCACCAAUUAUUUGUCCAAAAUGUCAUCGGGAUCAUCGUACAUGGGUCAGCAGAUGCGAUCGAACCUGCCAACAACGUCCUCGGACAGCAGUAGUAGUACCUUCAUGCUAAGAAAUCAACUGAUGUCUACCCUUGGUUACCAAUUCUCCUCAGCCAGUCUGAGUAGUAGAUUGUCAGAAACGACAACGUCAGUAAGUGCCCUGGCAUCUGAGUACCUCAGGAAGACCCAGAUGGACAGCUCAACAAGCCGAGCUGUGUCCUCAGUUACGGGUUCUCCCUUGACAACCAGGAGUACCUUCCAACAACCGUCAGAUCCAGUAUCCUCCGUAUCCUCCGUUGCAGGACGAUCAAGUCAUUCGCCGACCUUUGCUAUUAGCACUAGUGCUAACGGUGACACCGCGACAUCCCAUACUGAAUCAGUCACGAGCAGUUCAAGUGCCCUGCUGUACGGCACGUUGCCCAAAAAUGGUAGCCCGUACUCGGUCAGGGCUACAACAAAUGGUGGUUCAACGUCCCCCUACAGCAGUACCACGAACAAUAUUGAUCUCUUUGGCACGAGUAGCAGUGGAAAUGGCUUCACAUACGGCACCUAUAGGGUACAGUAUUCCUCGACAAAUCCCUUCCUGCCCACCUACAAUCCCGCCCAGUGCGAAACCACGCACUCAGCCAUCCCAACGAUCACCAUUACGUCGAAAGACAGUGCUGCUGGAGCCAUUUCCACAACGGCCUCCUCCAAGAUUGACACUGAAUAGAGGUAACACAACCCCAUAUCCCUACCCUUUCACCCUCAAAACGGCUUAAAGCCUAUCAAGUAACACUCGACCGGUUGUACGUCUCACCACGAGAGGAAAAAUCGCUUCGAGAUAAAACAAUGAAAGACUUAAAAGUGAAUUUUCGCAUGAUUCAGUUGAUUAUCUCGACAAUAAACAGCAUUACAAUAACAUGUAAAAUUCCAAUAAACUUACCUUUUAAGAAUUUAUAUUAAUAUUUAAUAAAAAAAAGAAAAAAAACGCUACAAGGUUUAAACAACUUUAGGUAGACUAGUCACUUUUCUGGUGAAAGGAAAAAAACGCUUUUUGAUGGUACAUUUUUAGAAAAUAAAAACAAAAAGAAAA